AUGGUGAGGGUUAGUGUCUUGAACGAUGCUCUCAAGAGCAUGUACAAUGCUGAGAAACGUGGGAAGCGACAGGUUAUGAUCCGGCCAUCCUCGAAGGUGAUCAUAAAGUUUCUUUUGGUGAUGCAGAAGCAUGGGUACAUUGGGGAGUUUGAGUAUGUGGAUGACCACAGGGCUGGCAAAAUAGUGGUUGAAUUGAAUGGCAGGUUGAACAAGUGUGGGGUUAUAAGCCCCCGCUUUGAUGUUGGUGUCAAGGAGAUUGAAGGUUGGACAGCAAGGCUUCUGCCCUCAAGACAAUUUGGGUAUAUUGUCUUGACAACCUCUGCUGGUAUCAUGGAUCAUGAAGAGGCUCGGAGAAAGAAUGUGGGUGGUAAAGUGUUGGGUUUCUUCUACUAG